AUGACCUUUCUCAUCACCAUCACUGUUCUCCUACUGUUCUCAGGUGCCGUGAAGUCGUGGGAGUCCCUGGAGGUCCUAACUGAUGAGAAGGAGGGUUUUAAACCACAUUUAGACCACAGAAAGAAAAAAGACCACUGCGCAGAGGAGGUAUUGCAGCUGGGGGCGUUUCCAGGUUCAUGUUGGGCCUGUAAGGCCAUUGUGUCAAAGGUAAAGAAGCUGCUGGGUGGAGAUCACGCAAAGGAAAAAAUUGGGCAACUGCUGAGCAAGGCCUGCAAUGGCUUGAAGAUUCAACUCAUCAGAUCUGCCUGCAAGAUGAUCACCAGGAAGUACAAAGACAAACUGAUUGAUGCAAUAGCUCACCGUGGGUCACCGAGGUCAAUGUGUGUUAAGCUGAGGCUGUGCAAACGAAGCCCACACCUGCCUAUGAGUAGCUCUGACUGA